CUGGUUGAUAUUGUUGAGGUGGCAGGCGAGGCUCAGGUGCCGGAUUGCCAGAGGUCGUGGGCGAUGGUCGGGGGACUGGUUGUUGCGCUGCAGUCGCCGGCUGUGAUGGUGGUGGAGAAGGCGGGUUGGAGGACAGGAGUUGGGCGACUGGGAUGGACCUGGUGGGCGGCCUCGAUGGUGAGGGCAAUGCAGGUGGUGCUACUUGCAUUGGCGGCAGUUGUAGCGAAGAGGCAGCAUGUUCUUGACUUGGUCGAAGGGGCGGCACGGAGUGAAUGGGAGGCAGCUGCGGCCCUGAGGAGCGCUGUUCUGGUGUUCCCCGGAAACUUGGUGGCGGAAAGGUCGACUGAUGCUGUAUUUGAGCCAUGCUGUUCGGCUCACUGCUCAUGAACGGAGGCUGGAGAGGUGACGGCCGGCCUGGAUGCGACAUAGAUGCUUAGAUUCACGUGUGCCGGGCGCGUAUGCGAGCGUCAUCUGACGAUUCGGGGGAGCAAUCCGGGAAUAUAUGGUUGGCGAGGGAGGAGGUCCAAGAGCAGCAACAGGCUCGAGAUAUGCGGCGGUUGGCGCACUCAUGCAGUCUGGAGAGGAUGGAAGCACGGUAUUUGAGAGGCAAUGGUGGGGCGGCCGAAGAUCAUGCUGGUCGUCGGCACGGGUUUUGGGCGAAGGGGCUUGGAAGAGAAGCAGGCGUAGCACGAGAGCGGUCGGUGCAGUGGGAGGGCAGGGAUAGUGCGGUGCGAUGCCCUGGCCUGGGAUUGAGGGUGCUGCAGCUGCGCGAAGGCGUCAAGACCAGCGACAGAGUAGACGGCGUUUUGGUAGCGAAUGAGCAAGGGUUGGCCAGGCUGGCCGUUCUGACGUCUUCCGAAUACAUGUAUGUAGCGGGCAUUUUCCGUGUGCCAACCCCACGUGCAGCAGGACCAGCACCAGCACCAGCACCAGCACCAGCACCAGCACCAGCACCAGCACCAGCACCCCAGCGCGGGCCAGCAGCCAGACAGGACGGGGUUCCAGGUGCCAGGCGCGCGUCCCACAGAGCACAAAUGCGGCAUACCUUGGUCGCCCGCCGUCCCAUGUGCACUACUGGGCCGUGUGCCGCUGAAAAGGGAAUGCGCCAGCAGGCUGCGCUUACCGCAGUCAAGGUGGCCUUCAACAACAAUAACCAGGUUAUCGGCAGCCAGCUCGCCGUUGCAAACCCGUGUCCGACCGCGCUACCAAAUCUUAAUUUACUGCCGUGCUACAGCACUGUCCCGCUGCCGUCUGACUUGUACGCAAUGCAGUGCAUGAACCGCUCAGCAAUGUUGCCUUCCGACUACUGUACCGGCUGGAGAGAAUGGAGAUGGACAUGGACACGCCGACGCCGACGCCGACUGUUCGAAAGCUUGUUCCACCGCUUACGCUGCUGCUCCACGCCGCGCCAACCAAAACUAGCAUUGCUGGCUGAGGCAUCGGUCUCAACUUCGUUUCGCCCGGGGCCCCAAAGUACCACAUGCCUGACCACCUCAAAUCACCAUCGCCCGCAGCUGGGCAAAGAGCCAGGCACGUCGCCAGGAAUCGGUGCGGUACGGUGCCGGUGCCGUGCGGUGCCGGGCGGCAUCAACGUCGGAUUUGCUGCCGUGCCCGCAGUGCUCACGCGGAAAAGCGCUCACUGA